GCCAGUGCAAAGAUCAUCGGGGAACUCUGAAGAAUUAUUGAUAAACGUUCAGUUUUCCUGAAUAAUUUGAGAUUGUGACUGGAGGUCAGAGAGGAUGACGAGUGAGGAGGUCCUCGCUAGUUUGCCUCCCGAAGAAGAGGAUGAGUGUGAACGUGCGGGUGAGGACCUGUUUAAGAUGGUGAAUCGCUAUUAUUUCUGCGGGCACAUCAUGAAGAUCAGUCGGGAUGAAAAUGCUUCGCUGGGCUCCCAUGUUUGGCAAGCAGGUGUUGGCCUUUGCCAUUACUUCGAGAGAGAGGAGAUAUCUUUCGCUGGGAAGAAGGUGAUUGAGCUGGGCUCGGGCACUGGCAUUGUGGGCAUUUUAGCCGUUCUCCUUGGUGGAAAUGUGACCUUCACAGAUCAAACUUUUGUUUUGAAACAAAUAAAAUACAAUAUUUCCGUCAACAUCCCUGCUUCCUGCAAAGAUCGUACAAAAGUCUGUUCGCUUCAUUGGGGUGAAGAUCAGAACAAUUUUCCUUCCGACUAUGACAUCAUCCUGGGCUCGGAUAUUGUGUACUCCAGGUCCUCUUACCCCUUGUUGUUGCAGACUCUGAAACAUCUGAGCAACCAAGGGACCACAAUUUACAUCUCUUCCCAAAUUCGACCAUUAAACAAGUCUGAAAUCUACCAUGAGGAAGUCUUAACUCAGCAUUUUAAUUCACAACUUGUCCACCAAAACAAACAGAAUAAUGUCAACAUAUAUAAGUUAACUAAAAAAAUGCAAUGA